GACAUACACGCUCACACUACCCUAACCCAUCCUCCGGAGAACAUCAUUGGGCGGGUUUGACCUCAGUAGAUAUUCGAUUAACAUGUCCCUCUUAUGCUGAAUAUUAUGGCCAAUUGGGGGGGGGUUGCUUACAUGGCCUUGGGUCUUUGUGCAUUUCGGUUCUUGUCCAGUAAAUUACGGUUAAGACGCGAACGUGUUACCAACUCGGGUUUUCUACCUCCAGCCUUCUUACGGCCGGCCCAUAAUGACGACUCGCUUGCUGCUUUGCUGUAUGAUAUGUCAUAUCUCUCGCACCAUAGGCGGCAGAAUCAUGUCCGCUCCUUGGCCGUUGAAAGCGUCGACCAGACGGAUCGGGUCCGAAAAGGUAGAGCCCCACAUAACAUUGCCACUGCAAGUCAAAUGUGGGAUGAGGGUCCGGUCUUUGGGGUUCGUGAAAUGGAUUUGUUCGCAUUCGUGGUUUUAGAUACAAUACUCCUAGAUCAGCGGCUCCCAGUAGCAAUCAGACCAAGGACCUCCUCGAACCACGACGUAUUCAGUCAAGAGUCCGCGGCGUCCCUUCUGGCCCGCCAUGCCAUGCCGAGCGGCUGUCUAGAAUGAACUCGCCCCCGUUGCCCAAUGCUACCUUAACCCAUCAUCAUGAAAUCCCAUAGCUUUUGUUUUCCAACCAGGAAACAAGGCCUCUUUGCGACUUUUCUUUUUUAAAACAAAUGUAUACCGUGAUAUUACACAGAUAGCCGCCAUUGAUAAUAAUGGUUGCUGGAAGCCUCGCAUGCACAAAGGA